GAGCAGUUUGGAAAUAGGGACUUCCCUGAGCCUCUAUCAUCUGCAGGGAGGCAAAAAAAAUAAAAAUACACUCACACACACACAGCCUCCCACAUACACACUCACACUGUGCUGAGAGCUAGCAAGGGGCUUUAAACAGCUUCACACUAAACAGACAAAGGGACUGUAACCUACCACAAUGGAGGAAAACAUGGAUGAAUCGCAAAGCCAGAAAGGCUGUAAGGAGUGCUGUGAGCGAUGUGUGGGCAGUCUGCCAUGGGCCUCACUCAUCGCUACUAUUCUCCUUUACAUGGGUGUGGCCUUGUUCUGUGGGUGUGGCCACGAGGCUUUGAGCGGCACGGUCACCAUCCUCCAGAACUACUUUGAAGUCAUCAGAGCCCCGGGAGAAACGCUGGACGUGUUCACCAUUAUUGACAUCCUGCAGUACAUCAUCUACGGCCUUGCAGCUGGAUUCUUUGUGUUUGGAGUGCUGCUGCUGGUGGAAGGCUUUUUCACCACCGGAGCUAUAAGGGAUCUCUAUGGAGAGUUCAAGAUCACUGCCUGCGGACGCUGCCUGACUGCAUUUCUGAUGUUCCUGGCCUACCUGUUCUUCUUGGUUUGGCUCGGAGUGACAGCAUUUACCAGCCUUCCGGUCUUCAUGUACUUCAACGUUUGGUCCAUGUGUCAGAACACCAGCUUGGUGGAGGGAACAAACCUCUGCCUGGACCUGCGUCAGUUUGGAGCUGUGACCAUCUCUGAGGAGAGGAGGGUGUGCACAGGAUCUGAGAAGUUCUUCAAGAUGUGUGAAUCCAAUGAGCUGGACUUGACCUUCCAUCUGUUUGUGUGCGCACUGGCAGGAGCAGGAGCUGCUGUAAUCGCUAUGGUCCAUUUUCUGAUGGCUCUAGCUGCUAACUGGGGCUAUCUGAAGGACGCCAGCCGGAUGCAGAAGUAUGAGGACAUCAAGUCGAAGGAGGAGCAGGAGCUGCAUGACAUCCAUUCAACACGCUCCAAAGAACGCCUCAAUGCCUACACAUAAACACAUACCUACUAGAAACGACACACACACACAUUUACCUGUCAGACACACACAAGAUGAUACAUGCACACACACACACACACACACCCGCAGGGUCUCACACAAGCCUAAAGAUAGCAGAAACACGAGUAACUAAAUGAGUGAAAAAACAUACAACACAAACAUACAUUCAAAGACACAGUUAACCCUUCGCUAAGCCACGCCCCCCUUAGUUACUGUUGCUAAGUCCGACAAACUGACAGACUUUUGUUAAAGCGCCACCACUGUCUAUUACUGCACUCCCUGGAGAAAUAUUGACAGAAAGGUUUGCAUUGUCCAUUUGAGGUUUGUGUUCAGGCUGUCAAACUGACGUGAAAAAAAUAAUGACAGAGGCUAAAAGUAAAAGUGAAGCACUGCAUCUAGUAGGGCUAUAUAAAGUUACAUUCAGUAGUAAGUUAGUUAGCUACAUCACAUUAGGAACAAUCUACAGCCAACGUUUUUCUGGAUUUGUUUCAGGUUUUGGAAAGGGAACUAUUACAAGAUGCCCCAGGAAAAGCGUUUGACCAUAUCUUGGAAAAAUACAGCAAAAAAAGCGAGAAAAUGACUUCUUUUGCAUACGAGUCAGUGGAGAGCAGCCAUGAAGGUGUCGGACCUCAGUUAGAGAGAGACUUAUACUGCGCUGUGAUUGGCCAGCUGCGUAUUCAGGGGGUGGCUUAACGAAGGGUCAAUUACACUGCAGAAAUGAGUUAAAAUGAAUGAUGAAAACACAGACACCAUAUUAAUCCUCGUGUCCACAGUAGAUCACUGGCUCAGGAGGCCUAUGCUGACAUGUGAGUUUGCUCCAUGCAUACUUUUAUUAACCAUGACUUUGACUUUUGAGUGUAAGGAAGCCUUAAGCUUUACCCUAAAAGUGAAAGCAGAGACUACUGCCAAAUACAAAAUAAGCUAAAUACAUGCUGCUCUUUUUAAAAGUCUGGCUACAUCAACUUUAAUGCGUUUGUGAUAUUUUACUCUGUAGAUUAAUUAAUACAUUUAGCAGGGCUGGCCUCAGCCUUAUUGGAGCCCUAAGCACAGUAUCCCUUUCAAACCCAAUGCCCCAAAGUAGCUUUGCAGUGUGAGCAUAUGCAGAACAAUCAACUUCAUUUGGCCUAAGAAAGUAACAAUGGACAAACACUUUAAUACUAGGAAAUAACAUUUGGAAUAGCUGUAUUAUAUAGCGAGAGUGUUGGAGGGUUUCUUCUCUCUGCACAGUGACAGAAACAGGUUGUGGAAAUGAAAAGGAGAAAAAGUUGUAAACAUUUGUCAUAAACUGGGAGAAAUAGAAUUGUAACUCCCUGUGGAACGAAAACGCGAGUCUCCCGGCUAUGAGCUGUGUUCGGACAGCUCACUAAAGCCAACAUCUACAGCAGACACAUGACUGACUUUGGUGUCUAUGAGCUCAUCAUUGAAUGUGGGAGCCGUCCAACAGGACAGUGUCACUGUAUCCCCCCCCCCCCAACAGCCUCGAUACCUGCAGGACACACAUCACACAUGAUUGAUCCACACAGAAAACUCUCACACACACACACAAACAUAGAUGUGGCUGAAUGGUUGGUGUUGUGCAGGCAGUGUUGUUUGGUGGUGUCAUGCUGUGUUGUGUCGUUUCGCCACAUUAUGAUGACUGGUAUUGCAGAGAAAUAUGGUCCCUAAGGAAAUUCGUACCUCCUGGGUACAAAUAAGUAGCUUUGCUAACUUUCCCCUCCUUUUUCCUAAAACACCUCCUCUCUCUCUACUCUGUGACUUCUUCAUCUUGAGCCCAGUUUCAUUAGUUGUUCCAGAUACAGUAUUCUUGUUAGACAUACGGUAUGUGGCCAUUUGCAGGGCAGGGGAUUGGGUUUUUUGAAAUAAAAUGCAGGCUUAAUAGCCCAUAAUAAUAAUGAAAACCACAUAUUGAUUGGCAAAAUAUCAAGAUGAAUUGAUGUCACAAAUUAUCUUAUUUUCGAAAUUCCCCUAAUGUUGCUUUAUUUGUACUGUAUAUCACAUGUCAGGCUCACUUGAACUUCAAAGUAAAAGCACUUAAGAUGGCGUUGGGGAUUUUAAAGAGGCCAUUUAAAGCAACUAGUGAAACGGGCUUUGUGUCCUAACCCCUCCAUCCCCUGUUUGUAUAAACUUGUGAUUUGUCCUCAGAAAUAGCACAUCUUAGCAGCACAAUGUCUUUUUAACGUGUGUCAUGUUCUCAUCAGUCUGAAAACUAGUGUUUUUUCACACAUCUCAAUUUUGCCACAUUUUAUCAGUAUUAUUUAUGUGUAAUUUUAGCAUUGAGGGUAUUUUAAUGGGGCAGGUGUGUGCAUGUGUGUGUGUGUGUGAGGGGCGUUAUAUCACAUUUUCAUGUAAUGAUUCUGUACUUCAGUGGUUCUGCACACACACAAACACAAACAGACACACAUAAACAUGUAUACACCGAUCAUCUUGAGAGUUUUAAUUCUCUCAUUGCCAUAUUUUCAUUUUUAUAUCCUAAUGUGACCAAAAUUACUGUUUAUUUGUAAGUUGAGUUUUUAAAAAAAUCACCAAUACUAAUAGUCAACUUGUCACCGGUGACAUAAACAGAUACUUACUGUGAAUUCUGGGUGGUGUCUUGGUUGUGCAGGAGUAGCUACAUUGAAGGUUGUAAAGACAGAGCUAUUUACUUUUGGUCCCAGCAGGGUGUAUUUCUAGACGGAGGAUGCAUUUCCCAAAAGCAUUUUAAGGUUUAGAAAUUUGUACCUCUGACGGAGAGUUUGGUUAAGUUUGCGAGGUGUUUGAAAUAGAUGGGCGCGGUGGGAUGGAGUGGUGUAACUUGAGAUGGCAACACUGAAUUAUAAAAUUUUAAAAAGUACUGGAAGUGUUACAGGAAAGUGAACAAGGAAAAAGGAGAUAAAACUCCCCAUUAGUAGCUGCAUGGAUUUGAUUCAACUGAAGUAUUGUUAGUGGGAAUGAAGACCCAGAUGAAUGGUGUCCUAGCUAAUGGGCUCAUUGUUUAGUAAUGCUUUGCUUUACUGGUGGUUUUAAAGGCUGUUCCCAGUUUAUAUCUGGAGUCCUAAUAAUCUCCUCAGGUGCUUCUAUAUGGGAAGCUGUUUACCGUAUUUUGGAUCAGCUGAACUACACUUGCUGGGAUGCAACUUUAAAUAAGCUGCUAGGAUUGGAUUUUAAAAUUAGGGGUUUCAUAAAAGACAAACUAAAAUCAUUCUUAUUGAGAUUUUGAUUUGAACCCUUGCUGCUACUUUUUUAAGACGCCGAUUAAACUUAUUUUCAUUAAAAUGCCAAAAAUCAGACCUAUGAAUGGGAAUAACUUUAAACUUUAACUUAUUUUGUUCUUAUGAAAUGUAUACAGCAGAUUUAAAAGAGGGAGUUUUGAAAAUGAAAAGAUUCUAAUUGUCUGUCACUGAUGUGCAGGGCUGUAGCCAACCAUUGAAAUAAGCUGUGAAGGAAAGUGAUAAUUCUCUAUCUGCCAGUAGAGAUGACGGAGAGGGAAUUCAGUUUGUCUUCAGAAUUUUUAUGGUACUGAUGAUGAAGAUGAAGGUGAUGAUGAUGAUGAUGAUGAUGAUGACAUUGGUCAUUGCAGGAUUUGAUUUGAUGAGAUUACCAGCACACAAACACACAUACACAAAUACAGACACACACUCCACCACCACCAUCACUCUGAGUCUUAGUUCUUUGCUCUUUUACCUUUCACCGAUAACAUUUCAUUAUCAACUUUUAAUCUUUGAAACUUUUUGAAUGUGAAAUCAUUUAAUUAGAAAAAAAGAAACAUGUUUUGUUCCCUUUUUUUGUGGGCAAUAUUAAGCACUGUACCUACAGUACAUAGCUCUGUAUAAAGAUAUACAUAUAUGUGAAACAGUUGAGGUGAGCAGCAGGGAGAAUGAUUUCCUAUUGGUUACAGAGUCUGGAGGAGGUGGUUCAGUCCCAAUGUCCUGAGUUUUUACUCCCUAAGAGAGCUGCAUUUACAUACACAAAAGAUGGGUUUUUGCAAAACACCACGAAUCACUUCCACAAGUGAUUUCACAAACACAAUCCUUGUGAUCGUGCUUGAGAUGAUUUUCACAUGAUAAUGGAUAUAUUGGCUGAAUUAAAGAUAGUAAAAACAUUUAAAAAUAUCUAAAACUAAUUUUAGAAAAAAGUUUGGCAAUCAUGAAAUGUACAAAAAAUGUUAAUUGCAGUAAAACAGGUAAAAAUACAAAGCCACCUGUAUAGUCUGUUAACAGGUAGAAAUGGUGAUGAUAUGGCACCUCAGCCUAGUAUAGAAUGUGUUGGGGGGUUUUGUAUUAAAGACCAUGAGCAAAUCAGAGCAGUGUCAAAUUGUAAAAAUACUAUGUGACCAAAUCUCUCAAAAUCUUUUUUUUGUGUUGUGUAAUUGCAACUGAAUUUGACAAAGAUUAUGUACCACCAGUGUCGAUAAAGGGAGACUCCGCCAGACUCGUGUCCUUUUCAGGUGUGUCUCGGCUGCAUACAGUCAAUAUUUUUAAGGGUCUAAUUUUACAGUAACAGUAUUCUAUCAUUUAAUUGCCUGACAAUGGAUGUCUUGUCAGUGUUUUUAACCUCUGAUAAAAGAAAAAAAAAUAGUUUUGUGCACUUAUUGACCAUUGUGAGCUCUCUCUCUCUCUCUCUCUCUCUCUCUCUCUCUCUCUCGCUCUCUCUCUUAUUCUUGGUGUGUAAGUGCAUUAAGAUCCCCAUUGUGGGACCUGUGUAUAGUCUUGCAGCAUUGGUUAUAUCCUGAAGAAAUAACAAUGAUGAAAACAAAUGAAUUCAUUAUAAUGAAGAUAAUCUUAUUCUAGGUAAAAAAAAAAAAAAAAAGACAGUGAAUCUAGUUGUUGUUUGUGGCAUGGUAAUGCAUUCAAUGGUCAUAAUUUUAAUGAUUAAAACAAUACAAAAAAAUCA